AUGGAAGGAUUAUUAAAUAAAGGAAAGGAACUUUACGACCAAGGUAAAAUCACCAACGAAGACGCUACUGACGCUUUCAAGCAAUUUUCCAAAGGUGGUGACUUCAAGACCAACGCUCAAGCUGCUUACAAAGACUACCAAGAAAACCACAAGGAUGACAGCAAGAAAAGUGACGACAAGAAGGAUGAAAAGUCAGAGGAGAAGAAAUAA